UUCCAUUAUGGUCGCUUCGCCCGCGCGGGCGGUUUUUUAAGUAAGCGCAUGCGUAUUAAAGUUCUCUCUCCAUAUUUGCAUCGUUCGCCCAACGUUCACCUGAACGCUGACGGGCAAGCUGACGAGUCGAAGUCACAUUGACUUUCAUCGCGAACCAUGCGGCGAACAGCAAAAACAACAUGGCGGCUAUGGAGGAAGGGAUUAUGCAGCAAGUGAAUCAAGACGAAAACUUGAGUCACUUUCAUGUUGUAUUACCAGAAAACGUUGAAGAUGACGAUGGUAUAGAUGAAAUUUUGAUUGAAGAGGUCAGAAACAACGGAAUUCUCUGGAAUACAUCGUUACGUGAUUACAAAGAUAUUGCGAAAAAAUCGCAGGCUUGGGGUGAAAUUGCUUCUCGUUUGAACCGAAAUAAUGGAAUGCUCAAACGAAGGUGGAAAAACCUACGCGAUGGCAUGAUGGGUUGCUUAAAAAAGAUAAGUGAUGGACAAAAGUCUGGGGCGGGUGCUACAAAGAUACCCACAUGCAAAUUCUUCGAGCAAUUGCUUUUUUUACGUGAUUUUGUUUCCAAUCGUGAAACAGAAAGCAACAUAAACGUAACCCCAAUGGAUAUUCCAAACAAUCAGAUGCACGAACAAAAAACUGAAUCUGCUAAACGGAAACUGGAUGUAGAUCAGUGUGACAAAAAGCAGCCUUAUAAGCGAUCAAAGAAACAUUUUGAUCGGCAAGAAAAGAUUGACUUGUUGUUGGUUGAUGCAUUAACAAAGUCAGAAGAAGUGUCAACACAAAAGACUGAAGUGCGCAGUUCAAACCAAUUGUUUUGUGACAGCAUUGUGGAUAUUUUAGACAAAUUGCCUCCUAAGAGAAACCGAAUGGCAAGGGUUGAAAUUCAAAACAUUCUUAUUAAGUAUGAAUUUGAUGAUGAACAUUAGAACUCUUGCAUGCAUUUUUCAUAAUUGCUCAUGUUUAUUUUAUAUUGAUAUUUCUUUCAAAUUUUAUUGUGAAAUAUGUUGAUAUGUUGUUUGAAGACAAAAGUAUAUUUAUUACAAAAAGGAAUAUAGUGUUUUGAUUAAUGCUGUAUUAACCAUUAAGAGUGUAUGUCAAUCCACUGUUUCAUCUAAUACAAGUCUGUCAAACGCA